AUGGAAAGCGAGGAAAACCUGACAGUAGUGAAGACCACCUAUGAGGAGCUUCAACAACAGCAGCGCGAAUUGACAUCAACACUCUUGAAGAUGUACCCAGAUCUUGUUAACUUCAAAGAAGACAUCCAGAUGAUCGUCGAAACGUAUUCAUUGUCAUUGGAGAAUCGUUUGAGUCUUCCAAUUAUGAUAAAGAAGUUCAACGAGCAAUUGUCCAAGUCUUCCUUUCCUUCAGAAGGGAUGUUGCAAUUGAAGAAACUGAUUUUUUCCAAGAACAAUUUGAACAAUUUGGACGCUUUGCCGCUUGGAAUAAUUCUGUCGAUUGACAUGCACAGCCAUGCUGCGCAAGCAGCUUUGAAUGUCAAGCACACCAAGGUUUUGUAUCCGAAGGAAAAUUCAAAGUUUAACACCAAUUCUGGUGUGGUUGAAAAUCAAGAAUUGAAGCAUCCAAUUCUUCCGGAAAUAGACGUGACCGUUUUGCACCAAGGCAGCAAGUUUUGUUGGUUUCGCAUAAAACUGUUCAAUGCUGAUGAUUUUGGAAAAUUGAAGCUACCUUAUACUCCAGUGCACUAUUAUUUCUACACUGAUCUUAUUGUUGAGCUGUAUUUCUACCGGGAAUGUCGGCAUUACAAGGAACUUUACUGGUCAACGUUAGGCUGUUUGAAUUUGUCGCCAUUAGUGGAUAAGAUCUACUUCUUUUCCGACUGCAGAUUGGUUGAACGCAUUGAUGAUAAGGUCAUCCAGUUUUCUAACACGCUCAAAUUUUUGUACUGUUAUAGGCUGAAUUCGGCGAGUUUUUCCGUUUCUUCGAUCGACGAUCUGGAAAAUUUGUUCAAGCUGGUGAUUAGAUCGACUGUGUUCUUGUACAGGAGGAACUUUAAUAUGGUUAAUGAAGAUUUGGAUACUCCUUUUACGGCUUUGACUGGAGAACGCGCGCAUAUUAAUGUUAGGAGGUUUUUGAGCGAAGAUAAUGUAUACUCGGUUAAUAAUGCGAGGGAUGGAUUGAUUCUAGGGACUGGGACGCAGAUCGGGGGGAUUAAUCCUCAUGAAGUUAUUAUUAAGUGCAGUGAUUUUGUUAAGUAA